AUGUCCCUCAACACAGUAACCAGCGGCCUAAACAAAGGCCUACCCACUGACAGCGUCACCAAAACCGCCUCAGGAACAGUCAACGACACCACCCAAAACCUCAACAACACCACUGAAAAAGUCACCGACCAAACCAUCCCAGGCGAAUAUCCCUCCGACGACGCCAAAUAUGACAAGCCAGCCCCAGACAUCUCCUUCUCAUCCAUCUGGUCCGCCUUCAAAUCCUGGCUCUUCUCCUUUUUCCCGAACGUUCUCGACCGCUUCGAAAACUGGAUCAAGGGCCUGAUAGCCUGGGUCCUCCCUCCUCCGCGACAAGCCAAAAUGUACGAAGCGAUUCUAAAACGGCCCAUCGCGUCCUCGUUCAUCAUCUGCCAGCUCGUCUGCUGUGGGGUCCCGCUGCUUGUCUUCCUGGCGGGUGUGUUUCUCUUUGCGGCUGUUGCGGUGUUGCUCUGGGCGGUGCUCUCGUUGCUUCUGGCGGGGCCAAUCCUGUUGGUUGCGAGUAUGAUGGGGGUGUCGCUUUGGGGAUGGGGGUGGGUUUUGUAUGGGUUGGUGAAGUUUAUUGAUCAGCAUUUGCUGGGGGGGAUGAUUACUCGGUUUUGGUUGGCGAAUAGGCAGGAUCAGGAUGAGGGGGAGGAGCCGGAGGGUGAGGGUGAGAAGGGUGAGAAGGAUGAGGCGACAGAGAAGGUUGAGAAGAGUGAGAAGAAGAGACCGAAGAAACUGGAAGUGAAGAAGGAUACUUGA